AUGUUUUUAAUAUCUGAUCGCCUAGACUCGAAUCCUUCGAAUCAUACUAGACUUGCAACUGUGUCGAUACCGCAUGAUAUUGAGCCAACCAUUCUACCAUGGAUUGAUAAACAUUGCUCUUCGUUUAAAACAUGGGAAACCUAUAGACUUACAUGCCAGCCAAAUACUGACGCUCAUUUACGACGACAAGAUAAAAAAACAUCAAUAUCUGUUGCCCCCUGGCCACCACGAUGA